UGUGUGUGCUGUGAGUAUGCCUAUCAGAGAGGAAAGCGAAAGUAUUUCCUGUCUUGCUUUCUCUUUCAUUUUGAGCUCGAAGUACAGCGCACACUUUGGAGUGCACAUGUGAACACACGCUCUUCCGUCUCAGACAAACCAUGGAGCAGAAGGAGAGCCCGAUGCGUCUGAGGGAAUGGCUGAUCGCGCAGAUCAACAGUGGGAAGUACGCCGGACUGAGCUGGGAGAACGAGGAGAAAACUUUAUUUAAAAUCCCGUGGAAACACGCAGCUAAGCAGGACUACAGGCAGAACGAAGACGCUGCGCUCUUCAAGGCGUGGGCAGUGUAUAAGGGGAAGUACCGUGAGGGUCGAGACAGAGCCGACCCCUCGGCGUGGAAGACUCGGCUACGCUGCGCCCUCAACAAGAGCUCUGAGUUCCAGGAAGUUUCCGAACGCAGCCAACUGGACAUCUCUGAACCGUACAAGGUGUAUAGGAUAGUGGAGGAUACACAAACAGAAAUCACUGUGAAUACAGUAAAGGGCAAAGCAUACAAUGAAGUUCAUGUUCAGGACGUAAUACACGGCAAAUCAAAUAGCAGCACAGUAUCAGAUGCAGAUGGCAGGUUGGAUCUCUACAGUAAUAACAAUGUUGACGGUUAUGACAGACAUGCGAAUGUUUCUGUCACUCUGCUAACAACAUGGUCCCCCAUUACAGACUUCCGACUCCUCGUGUGCCUGUUCUAUCACGGCCAGCUGGUUCAGGAAUUGAUCACCUCGUCUCCAGAGGGAUGUUUUAUCCUGCAGGGUUCGGCGCCGGUGGGGAACGAGCGUAUUUACGGGCCGUGUGCAGCUCACACUCUGUGCUUCCCUCGCCUGGACACUCUGCCCAUCCCAACGGGCAUCGCCGAGGCCAUGAGCCGCCUUUUGCCUCACCUGGAGAAAGGCGUGUUAGUGUGGGUUGCCCCUGAUGGAGUCUUCAUCAAACGCUUCUGUCAGGGACGAGUGUACUGGGACGGGCCACUCGCCCAACACACACACCAACCCAACAAACUGGAGAGAGAGAAGACGUGCAAACUGCUCGACAUCAACGUUUUCCUGCAGGAGUUACACCAGCACCUGCAGGCAGGAGGGCCGAGGCCACGCUAUGCGAUUGACCUGUGCUUUGGAGAGGAGUUUCCUGAUAAAAAUCAACCCAAGAGCAAAAAACUCAUUACAGCACAGGUGGUGCCCAUGUUUGCUAAGGAGGUGCUAGAGGGUCUGCAGAAGCAUGAUGCUGAACUGAAACUAAGUCUUAAAUCAGACGCACAGAAAUGAGAUCCAUCCCUCCCUCUCCCGAUCCCUCCGUCUAUCACUGUAGAUAUAAACACACCCUACACACUCAACUGUUUUCUUUUUUGAACUUUUUGAAUUUCGGAAUUUAAAAUUGUUCUUGUACAGUUUAAGAGUAAAGCUUUUGAAUGGUUAACCAAUCAAAACAAAGAUAUAGGAAAACAGCAUCAUGCUAACUAGUGGCUAACAUCAUUAGCCAUGUUAGCAUGUUUAAAUGCAUUACCUCAGAACCAACCAUGCUCCAUGCUGUGCUAAAUGUUGGUAUCAAUAAAUGAUAGAUUUUACCAGUAAAACUGAGCUUUAUGUUAUUGUUAGCCUAUGUAGCAUGUUUGGGCAAUGCUCUUUUAAAGUAAUAUUUCAGUUAUAAAAUAUAGUAAUUAAAGUCAAUAAAAUAACGCUGUUAAUUAAUUAUUUUAUUUUACUACAGUCAAUGAAAAUUAAAAUGGCAGGAAUUACCUUGUACAAUGUUUUUGUUUAAAAACAAAAACUAACAUUGCUAACAAUACAUGAAAGGGGAUACUAGUGAAAUCACGCUAAUUGUGAGUACUUGCUUUGAUUGAUUGUCGACUGUUAGUACGCUUGUUAACUCCCAUAGAUUUAACUAUCCUCAUUUGAAAGGAGAGUUUCAUUCAGCAAAAAUGCUAGCGUUGCUAAACGUCAUGGCUAGCUUCACCAUGGCAUUACUCUGUAGGCUAUAAAUAAAAAAAGGAAAUUACAGUUCGCAUGUUCAAAUUAAUAAGCUUAUUCUAACUAACUACUCGUUUCCAUUUAUUGCUAACCAUGUUAGCCUGUGAGUUUUUCUGAGGAAAGUCGCUUUGUUUUUGUGGACAGUUUUCUGCUUUAUUUCGUUUUGCCUGGUUUAAAGAGUGAAUCCGAGAACGCCUUUAACAGCAGCGAAUACUGUGAGACGGGUUUAAAAGCGACUCGGUUAAAAGUGGAAAAUGUUUAUGUUGACAACUUUGCAAAUGGUUUCACGCUAUGUAUAAAAGCUUAAAAUGAUAUAGCUUUGUUAACUUGCAAACAAAUAGGAAACUGUACGAGGCAAAUGGUAUGCUAGCUGCUAGCUGUGUCGUACUAGCUUACUCGCUAGGCUUACAAGCUACUACACUGUUGAAUUAUCCACCACUUUUAAAAGAAUAAAAGAAUAAUAAAAAAAAAGUCAUUGUGAAGGAAAUGACUUAGCGAAAAGCAAAAUUAGCAUCGUCCUUAAAGCAUCAUGCUAAUUCUGACUAGUUGAUACUUCAGGGAAUUCACUCGCUCGUUUUGAACGAAAGUUUCAGUCAAAAUAUUGCUAAUAUACUGUAGCAGCAGCGUUGCAUUGAUGUUGUACCAGAUAAAGCAUAAUUCUCACCAGAAAAACAAAACAAAAAAAAAUAAA